AUCCAAAAAAUAUAUAUAUAUCAUCACUAAUACGAUUAUUUGUAUUUAACAUCAGAUAAACUGAUAAUUAAAAACUAUUUAAUGGCAAUUGAGUUACAAAAACAAUCAAACAUUGCCAAAGUUAAUGUCUUAAAUGAAUUAUUGCCGCAAAAGUACGAAUCGGGAGGCAAUGGCUUAUGUCUGGAGACCAGCUGGAGGUGUGUCUUCUCACACGACAAUCAACUGUUUGCUUAUUCAUCCGGUGAUAGUAUUGUCCAUCUCAUUGAUUAUACAAAAUUAAUAUCAAGAUACGAUCGUAAUAGGGAUGAAUCGGCUAAUAAUUAUAACAACAACAACAAUGAUUUAAAUAUUAAUAAUAAUAUUAAUAAUAAUUUUAAUAAAUCAAUUGAAUGCAAUCAUUUGGUGAGAUCAGUCAGUUUUGCACUAAUGGCUAAUUUGCACAAAUCUACAGCUUUCUGGCACCGGUCGGCACAAUUCAAACAGUAUUUCCUAAUUACUGGCCACUCGUCGGGCAGAGUCCGCAUUUGGGACAUCGAUUCAGGAAAACUAUUGCUUGAAUUACUCGAUCAUAAGGCCUGUGUUACACACGUUGAGUGCAAUGACACCGGUAUAUUGGCCUCGACAUCGACUGAUGGUACGAUCAAACUAUGGGAUCUAAUAGAUGGUGGCAAUCUGUUGAAGACAAUCAAAAACGAUGGAAAACCAUUGUUCGGGUGCCGGUGGGCGCCGGACUCCAAAUCGUUUGUCACGUUUGGUAUGAGAAAAACAGUGUUUGUCUAUGAGGCACACGACUACACUGUUAAACAUAAACUGGUCGCUCAUCAGCACACAGUCAGUUCGGCUGAUUAUUCGCCGGACAGUCGGCUUAUUGUGACGGCCUCUUGGGAUACGACUGCCAUUAUAUGGAAUGCCAACAGUGGAGAGAUUCUGACAAAAUUAUACCAUUUGAAACCCCGUCCGACACUUAUGUGGGCGGGUGGAGAAAAUGGACAUCACAUAAGAAGUGUAUCGUUUAGUCCGGACGGUGCACACAUUGCCACUGUUGCCGAUGAUGGAUUUGUGAGAAUAUGGGACAUAUGUAACGAUGACAGUCCCGAAGCUAUCUGUCCGGUUACACAUGGGUUGUGCUGUACUUAUUCAAAGUCGGGACAAGUACUGGCAGUCGGUACUCGAUCGGGAAGUGUUACGGUAUUGGAGUCUCACUCCUGUGUCAAAUCGUUGCUAUUCCUCUGUCGACUGGCCAUCGGUAAGCAUAUGCGGUGGUCAUCGGAUACAAUCGACGCCAAUGAUAAUACUUUAGCCAUUCCGCACGGUUUAGUCAAUUAUCUUAACUAUCAAGAGUUGACAUAAAAUAAACCCCACACUGUUUCGACUAUAAAUUAUUUUGUGCCAAUUUAUUAUUAAUAACAACAACAAUAACAACAAAAAAUCAAUACUUUUUUUCAU